GUUGAUCCAGGUCAGUUACAAGGAACGGCAAAAAUAUGUAAAGGUGGAUGAUGAUGAAGGAAGAUUGGACUUUCUGCAGUUCCAUGAAAAAGGAUCCAGGGGCCGGCUCUGCAAGCCUCCCUCUCUUGUCAGUCGUGUAAUGAGUGAAAUCUAAGUCAUGCCACAUGUCAAGUUCAAGGUGUGUUAAGUUAAGCAAAGUUCUGUAUUUAUGUUAUGUCUCUGUGACAUAGUUCCCUAUCUCUUGUUCCCUCCAUAGUUCACAAGUUCUCUGGCUCCACUGCCCCUAGCUCCACACCACAGCUUCUCCCACAGCCCCUGGUUUAUCAAUGUCAUUCCAUGCAAAGCAAUGAAGGGUGUUUACUUAAAAAUCACUUUCGGAUUUAUUUUAUUUUUUCCAGUCAUUGAAAGGUUUUGCCUGCCACCAGAUGCAGAAGUUAUAUACAAAGAUUCAACAGGGACUGAAGUUGAUGGAGACAUUUUCAGUGAUGUAGUAAAACAAGGCAAUGUGGUGUUGACUGUUUUUUCAAAUGAUGACGCGUUGUCAGACAUGACUCAGACAUCUGAAUCAAGUUACAGCUCAGGUGCCUCAACUGUAAUCCUAGAUGAGAUCCUGAACAAACGACAAAGAUUUGACACAACGUCUGAUGCGAUGUUUGCAAAACAGUUGGUUGAGGGUGUGCUAAAGUCUAAGUCUGGUGGUGAAGAGGUACUACAGCAGUAUCAAGCAAAGGAAACCCUUAAAGAUCCCACAAGAAGACAAAUGGUUAACAUACUGGUGGCUCACAUGAUCGAUACACAUGGCAACCUUCCUACUAAAGCUAUCCGAGAACAGUAUGCUCUUGGGAUAGUAACGCUGUUUCCUUCCCUCAAGGAUCCAUAUUCCAAAAAAGGCUAUGAACACUUCUACGAUGCCACAAGUAACACAGGAUACAUCGCCUGGCGUCUAAAAACAGUCCAGAGGAAGUCUCGUCAAAGCUCUACUUUGCCACCAAACAGUUCUGAGAAAGUCCUCUAUAGUUCCAAAGGAGGCCCAGAAUGCCAGAGGGCUACUAAUUUAGAAGGGCAACUUGAUGGGGACGCUUACCAAGAGGCCAUUUCUUUGCUUAACCAUACCACAGACAAGUCUCUGAUCUUACAAAAGAUGAGGGAGACUUUUAAGCAUCGACAGAGGCUUGUUAAAGAUGCAGACAGAAGUACUGAUAUCCUCUCCAUCUUCCCAAGAUUCCUAGACACAAAGGGAUUGGUGGAUCAAGAUUUCACUCUCCUAUUUGAUGCUGAGACAUCAUCCAGGCUGCUUCAGAAAUGGGACCUGUUCUUCAAGCCAAAUGUAAUAAACGAGGCCAAGCAGCUCACUUUAACACCGGAGUUGAGUCAGUUGGUGCUAAUAGCAGAAAGUCCCCCUGGAUGUGAUCUUGAUGAGACAAAAAUCUGCGACCAAGAAAUGGCCUCCAUGUUGUUAUUGUUACAUCUUCUUCCGCCACCACCAGGACAGAAGUCUCCAAAAAUCAGUGCAAGUGAUGCAGCUGAAAGACUUGUAAUCUUUCACAAGUCAUGCUGCAGUUUGGAGGAGCACCUCAGCAGUGAUAAACGUCAGCAUCCGUACCUCCUUGCUGUUGGACGUAAACAAAGUAAGAUUGACAGCUUCUACAUCGCCAUGGACAUGCAUCUCAUCCCUUGCCAGGCAAGCCGAUUCCUUGGGGCAUUUGAUGAACUGUUCAAGGCUCACUUUGUGUUUAAUUUGUCUUAUGAUGGUGCACUUGUGAACUUUUACACCUUCCUACAGACAACAUUGUACAACAUUGAUGUGGGGAAAAUGAAGGAGUCACCCAGAGUAAGAGACUUGAGAGCCAAACUGCUCAACCUGCCAGUAACUUUAACUUAAGCAGUCUACUGCUUAGACAUGCUAAUCUGUUUUAUUUGUCAGAUAUCACAUCCCACCAGCCAGGAGUUGAUUUCACAUUUAAGAGUUGAACAUGGUUACUAUCCUGGACCUAAAUUCAAAUUGAUAUGUUCUCAACAUGGUUGUAGGCAUCAGUUUCUAACAUAUGCAGGUUUCCGAAAGCACCUUAAUAAUAUUCCUAGUAAUGUUCAGCAAAUUCUUUGCACUUCAGUUGUAGCAUGUUCCUCAAGUGAACCAAUUGCAACAUCAUCUCAAGUACAUACUUUGGAAGACCAAAUGAAUCCCCAGGAUCAAUCUACUUGUUCCACUGCUUCCUCUGAGAACAGUGACACAGGGCUUCGUAAAGAUCUGACCAAAGAAUUGUGUGCAUCCAUUGUAUCCAAAUUACAAGGGAGUGGGAUUUCAACUGGUUUUGUGUCUUCAAUUGUAGGUGAUUUAGAAGAACUAACAGAUGAGCUUCGCUCACAAGCAAAGCACAACAUCCUUUCUGCUUUACCUACAAGUGACCCUUGCACAUUGUGAUAAAUUGUGCUUUUGAAAAUUUAGAAAACCCAUUCACAAAUUUAAAUACAGAAUGGAAACGAAAUAAAUACUUUAGCCAAAAAUGGGGAGUUGUUGAACCAGUUGAACUAACACUUGGAGUGAGAUAUGACAACAGACUAAAUCAGAAAUCCAAUACUUAUGAUCAGGUACCAGUAAAGGACACUUUUAUAUAUGUGCCAAUUUUAGAAACGCUAAAAUUUAUGUGCAGAAAUUCUGACAUUUGUGAUCUCCUAAAGAAAGAGCAUCGAUCAGAGCCUGAUAUCUAUGAAGACUUUUGUGAUGGAAGCUAUUUUAAAACCCACCCUUUGUUUAUGACUAAGAAACAUGCUCUACAAAUCCAACUUUACUAUGAUGAUUUUGAAACGGCCAAUCCCCUUGGCUCCAAACGGGGAAUUCACAAAAUUGGCUGCCUGUAUUUUAUUGUGAGAAACUUGCCCCCUAAAUUUAAUGCUGUUCUGAUGAACAUUCAUUUGUUGUCACUCUUUCACACACAAGAUCUGAAUAAGUAUGGUUUUGAUGCUAUACUGGAACCAUUGAUAAGUGAUAUAAAAAAACUGGAAAGCCAAGGACUAAGUCUUCCAUUUUGUGAUGAGCAGAUAUAUGGAACCAUCUCACAGAUCACUGGAGACAAUCUAGGGAUGCACACAAUUCUUGGUUUUAAUGAGUCAUUUAGUGGCCAUCAUUUCUGCCGCCUUUGUUUGAUUGAAAAGGCUGAUUCUCAGACAGUAUACAGUGAGGAUGAUCCGAAGGUAAUUGUUCGUGGAAAAGAAAUCUUUAAGAUGCAUUGUCAGUCUCUCCAAGAAAACCCACAAUUGAAGUCACUGUAUGGCUUAAAAAAAAAUUCUGCUCUUAACACACUGACAUACUUUCAUGUUUCGAAUAAUUACUCAUUUGAUAUUAUGCAUGAUCUUCUUGAGGGUGUGGCUCAGUACGAAAUUAAACUGCUUUUUCAAUAUCUCACACAAAACUUUUUAUCUGAACAGGAUUUGCUUUCCAGAAUUUAUUCUUUUGAUUAUGGAUUUUUAGAACGUAAAAACCGACCCACAAAGGUUAUCUUAGAGAGUGCUGGUAAUGGCAUUGGUUUGAAUUCUAUUCAGACAUUGUGUCUUGUAAAAAACAUCCCACUGUUAUUUGGCGACAUUGUUCCUCCAGGAAACAAACACUGGAGUCUGUUGCUUUUAUUGCUUCAAAUAAUGAACAUAGUUUUUUCACCUUCUCUCACUUUUGGCAUGACAA